AUGGGAUCUGUUGAAGUUGUUUCGAGCCGACUAGAGUCGUUACCCCCUCGCCCACCGACACCACCUCGCGAGACCAGCCUGGCUGCCGAUGCCACCACCUCGAAGCAUCUCCUCGUCCUCCCUCCCUCCUCAGACCCUCGAUCAAGUCUCCAGACUCCACCGAGUGUAUACUCACCACUUUCCGGAGCUGACUCCACGAACCCGAGCGGACGAAGAGCAAGGAAACGUGUGGGCUUUUCUGCCCAGGCGCAAUACAACGAAGCCCCAAACUACCCAGGUCUAGCUGUCGCCAAAUCCCGAUCAUCGCCCUUGUCGGCGCCGUCCUCGACUCAGCCCAAACCCGUCAAGGGCAUCCUCAAACAAACCUCUUCGCCGAGUCCCCUGAGUUCAAGUGUCAAGCCAGAUAGUUUGACGACAUCAGCAAACAUAUCAGACAUGUUGGAGUCAACGGUGAAGCAGCUCGCUGGAGCAGACAGGGACUCGAAGCGAGAUGCUUACACAACACUGGUGAUGACCCUGAAGACGUCCAACAACCUCCCGGACCGAAUUGCCCUUCAGUCUAAGAUGGGCCUCUUCGUGCAGUUCAUCCAACGAGACAUCACCUCCAAGAAUGCCACCAACGGAGGACCAGAUGCGCCUCUUGUCAACAACGCUCUUUCUCUUCUUGCUACUUUUUUGCAUUUCCCCGCCAUUGCCUCGACGAUACCCAGCGAUUUCGGCAUUUUCUUUAUAGAUCACUGCAUUCGAUCCUUCGAAGAUCCUGCAACACCGAAAGAUGUUGCUCGGCAUCUAAUGCAAGCCGUCGCUACGCAAGACUUCUCCGCAAAGGUCUUGACCUCGGAUCGCGUCCGCCGACUAAUGAAUGCCCUCCGCAACAUCGAAGACAACCUCAAGGGAAAGAGCAUUGUGAUGUCCCGAAUUCUCAUCUAUAAACGCCUGGUUCAACAGUCUCGCCAAUUGAUGGUGCUUCACUCCGAUUGGCUGAACGACCUUUUCACGGACAUGUUGAGCAGGGUCAAAGAACUGCGAUCUGCUGCGAUAUCUCUUGGUCUCGAAGCGGUUUACAUAUUCGGGAAGGAGAAGUCGUUGUCUCGGAAGGUAAUGGAGCUCUUUGAUACAUCCAUUGAAGAGAUGAAGUUUGCAGAGUAUUACCACCAGCAACUACGAACCAUGGCGAAGGACAAGGACGACAGGCAACUGACGGCUUCGGUCCCCAAGAUCUGGAGCGUCAUAAUUGGUUUACUGCGCUGUCCUCUUGACAAAUGGCAAUUCUUCAACCAGUGGCUGCAGCUCAUUCAGAUGGGCUUCAACAAUAGCGACCACCCCCAAACUAAGCAGGAGGCGAACUUCGCGUGGAAUCGUUUCGUCUGGUCUAUGCAUACCGAAGGCCAGUCUUUCGUCAAGCUUCUCCCCAUACUUUACCAGCCCCUGGGCAGCCAGUUGAAGUCAAAGUACACAAACAAACACACACGAGAGGUCGUUUUCGGCAGUGUGUGCAAUCUCCUUUACUAUACCUUCAAGCCAGGAACGAACAAUGCUCUUCUCGACACCUACUGGGACAUUUGCGUCAAGCCCUUAAUAGAGCCACCAAAAGCGCAAGCAAGGAACCCCGACGCCGUUGACGAGCAUAUGCGGCAGAUAACACUAAUCCUCACCGGUCUUUUUGACUCGACAACACCUCGGAUUUGGAGGGAGGAGCGUAUUAGAGAGACGACUCUUGCCCGGCCGAACGAGCUGCCAGCUAUCGAUCCCAAGUGGCUCCGACGCAAUGCUGCUCGCGUUUUCCAGACUAUGGAACCUAUCAUGGAUAGACACUUCCUCGAGCUCUCGGACAAGAACAGCCAAAUCCAUCGCUUGUGGCGCACUUUGGUGGGGGCCGUUGUCUCGGCCGCCUCCAAAGAGAUCAAAGUUUCUGUCGACACCGCGGCCUUCAUUUCCCAAGUGUGCGGGCUUUUGCUAAAGCAUUGGGAGACUGGCUUAACGGAGAUGGAAAAUCCGACUCCUGAGAUGGCGACCAAGUUCCUGGACAGCGCUCGUGAGCUCAUAAUAGUCGCUGCAGAGGCCCUGGGUCUUCGGCCUUUCACCGAGAAGAUGAUCUCUCUUAGUCGUCUUCAUACCUUCACACCUGUGUCAACGCCGUCCCAUAAGCCGGCGAAGAACGUUGGUGAUGCCCGGACUCCGCUACAACAUCUGAUCGGCUUGGUCUCUCGGCUUCCCCCGGGUAUCCCCGACGGGGAGGAGUACGUCGAGUUCUUCAAGACAUUCUUCGCGCCUUUCUUAGUCCAGAAGUCGGCAAACUCUCGGUUCGAGCUGGCACAAGAGAUACUGUCGGCCACUCCAAUCUGGUCGCCGCCGGUCAAUCAGCUUCCCUAUGCACCAUGGGUCUUCGCUGCGGAGUGCCUAUCGGCGACUUUCAGCUCACCCCAAAACAGCGCGCAAAUAACUAGCUCAACAAGUGAGCCGUCGCUCGGUCACGAAUACCGCACCGUGGUGCGUUUCCUGGAGCGAGGCUGGAAGGAGACUCCCAAUCUACCCUGGGAACCCUGGUGUUCGCUCUUCGCGAAGUUGUCGGCCCGGUCUUACCAGGAGACUGGUGAAGCUGGCCGCGCUUUAGGCACUAUCGAGCCGCUUGCCAAAGUCAUCCGGGAGUCUAUCCCCGCCGAUCAUGCCUCGGCGCUGUCGACGAAGACACUUCUAGCAACAACCGAGCUUCUCUACGUUGCUAGCCACCCAUUAGACAGACAGGCAUUGGAAGCUGCCCGACGUAGAUUAUGGGGUACAGCAGUUGCGGGACCCAGGUCAUCCUCCUUUGAUCCGUUCGAUAACUUUUACAAACUGAUCAACGAGCUGAUGGAACGACUCUACGAGGCCGGCGAGCGUGGAGAUCUGGACGAACUUGCCACCCAUUUUCUCAGGGCAUGCGGUUCAUUCCUUUCUCGCUGCAACCCGGAGCUUGUUUGCAGAACUGUAUCGAACUUGGAGAGUGGGCUUGCCAUGUGGAUCCGGGAUUCGCAGGGUAUUCUGAAGGCCCGACAGAGCCCUGUGGCAUCUGAAGCUGUUAAACAUCUCUGGGAGACCGUUUCCAAGAUUAUUUUGCCUAGCGGCAAACCCGAAGAAGUCCAGCUCGAAACGUUCGAGGAACUGAUUUGCGCUGCCUUCGAAAGCAAACACCGCCAUAUUGUGAACUCUGUCGCGGAGGUGUGGAAUCGAAUUUACGAGAAUGCGGAACAAAUCCAGUACCCUGAACAUCUCAAGGCCGUCUUACUGGCCAUCCAACCGGUUGUAACCCUCGUUCUUCCAGGCUUGGAGAUCGCUAGUGUGGCGUCCACCGACCAGAAUCGCUCGUUCGUCGAAUCGCAGGACGAUAUUGAGAUGCUCACGGUACCCUCCACACGUUCGUCUCGAAAGAGAGCUCAGAAACCGACUACACCCAGCCAAUCAUCGCCUCUCAGCUCUGUCAAGCUGUCGCUCUCUGCGAAGAAGCAACUGGACGACACUACUCCUAAGAAGGGUCGUGGUAGGCCCCGGCGUAGCGCUGCAGCCAAGGCGCGGUUGAGACAUGACGACUCCCAGAUUCAGUUCGCACCCAUUGAGAAGUCUCCUUUGAAUCCAGCAGUCAACGCCGAGUCUCAAGUUCUCACCGAACGCCAGAAAGAAAUCAGGGAGAGGCAGAAGGAUGCGGCGGCCCUUUACCCAGAAAUGCGGUCAAGCCCUCAGCAGCAACAACCACAGGUCACUGAGGAGAAGUCGACCGCCCCUGAGAUGGUCGUCGAGGAGACCCCCAAGGAUGUCACACCUAAGCGCAACGCUAGGUACGAGGAGUUUGUCAGCUCAACCCCGACACCUCGCCGAGGUCAGACGAUGCCUAUGGCAGAUAAUGAUCAGGAGAUGACGGAUCCUCCUUCUUCACCUCUGGAGCCCCGGCCUUUCCCCCUGCUACCUCAGAUCAAGUCGCGAUCUAGCAGUCGCAGCGAGCUAGAGAACUGGCAAUUUAGUUCCUCACCUGUAUCCGGUUCUCCAUCUCCCGAUGCCGUCGUCAUGACCGAUGAGCCUACUGAACUCAACUUGGCCGACAGCGCAACCUCCCAACAUGUUCCCGGCGUAGGUAGCCCGGAUCUGUCAGCAGUAGAUGACUCGUUCCAGAUGGUCCCCUCAAGUGCCGUGGAGGAACCGGAGCUCCCACCGCCUGCCUUCGAGACCGCAAAGGAGACACUGCAGCCCGAGCAAUCUCAGCAUAAUAUCGCGAAAUCGUCCGCAGAAACUGUUCCUGACCCUGCACCAUCGACCCCCAAGAACAACCGAGUGACUGGCGUAGAGGAGCCCAGAUCCGGUCAGGAAGUCUUUGUCGACGCGCCCUCAAGCCCGCAGCCCACAGUACUUACCAGGUCCGCCUCGCGCGCAGCUGCCAUCAAGGACCGCUCCUUUGAGAUGAGCGACGGAGACGAAAACAGCAUGUUGAGGCUUGUCGUCGAGCUCGACCGUAGGCGGUGCGAACUCCCGAUUAACGAUUACCCUGCCAUUUCCCCUCCAAAAUCUAAUAAGGGUCCCAGAAGCGCCAAGAAAGAGAAGCCUCCAGUGCUUGACUGCAUCACAGUCCGUGGUGAAGAUGACGAAGAGGAGGAGGACGACGAAGAAGAAGAAGAAGACGAGCCAGCGGAGCUUGCUCUCUCACAGGUCGAGACAAGAGCCCGCAAGAGCAAGUCCCAUUCGCCCGGAGGACCCUCAACUCCUGUAACUCGGUCGGCCGCUUCAUCCCCGGGCAAGUCGGCUAGGAAGCGGAAGAGGGGUGGUGCUUCCAACAUCGAUACCCGCCACAAGAAGAGGAAGUCUACUGACCCCUCAGAAAUUGUCGAGUCGUCCCAGAUCACCAUGUCCCCGGUGCUUGGGGAAGAAACUCCCCGCCGUCGUCGCAGCCAACGCAUCAAUGUCAACGAUAGUCCUUCGAAACGCUCCGUAGAUUUGGAUGCCGAAGUCAACUCACAACUGGUUAAUGAGCAGGAGGAGGCGCACUUCCGAGCGAGUCAAUCGUUCGAGGAGCCGGAGCCGGAGCAAACGACGACCAUGACAUACGAGACGGCAGAAGACUCUAUGGACGUCGAUAUCGCUGAUAUCACCACCGUCGGUGAAGGUCCUGUCGAAGAAGCCGCCAAGGAUAUCAACAUGAUUGAUAAUCUGAGUAGCGUUCUUGCCAGUCUUCGUUCCGCAGCACUGUCACGGGACGAGGUGUACAAGAUGGAGGACAUGCUCAUGGACAUCAAGAGAGAGCUCUUCGCUGCCGAGGCCCGUGGGCGAGCUUGA